AUGGAGACGAGACCAGAUCCGACAAUUCGUCAAGGCUUUGAGUCUUCAAGGAGGUUCGACGACAUCCCCGGCUCCACUCCAAAGGAGAAACUUCAAAAUGCUCAUGCUCGGCUGCGCGCGCCGGCCAGUGUUGCUCCGACUUCAGUUGCCGAAAGUGCAACGCCAUCAUCUGCAGGGGACAUUGAACCUGUUGUACCGGUAUCUGUCCCCCAGACAACAUUACCUUUGAGUACUCGGGCGCACGAGAAUCCUGAAAACCUGGCUGCAUCAGUCGAGGAACAAGGGGACGCAACGGAUGUCAUUGUGGUCUCUCCAGCACUACUGUUUCCCGAACAAGCGAGUGUGCAGACUAUCCAACCUAGUGCUAUUUUCGAAAAGACUGAACAUUGUCUCCCGGGCUCGCUUCGACUUGGCCCUUCUGAAUUUGCCGUUACUAUGCCCAUGGACUCCGUAGGCAAGGAUAACUACGAGAGAGCUCUCGCGGAGCAUUCAGAGUCUGUAAAACUGCUUCUGUCUGGAUUUAAGUCCGGGGAUGGAACUGUCCCCUCCCAAUCUGAGCAGGCUCAAGUCAUAUCGGACAUUCGGCAUCUUAUCGAAAAGCUCGACAACGUUGCGAUUCAUACUGAUCUGAACAUAGCCGAGCACGUGAAACAGUCUAAAUGGGAUUCUCACAAAGAAGCCUCGUGGGCAGAAUAUACCAGUUCCAAAUUCCUAUUUUUAGGUCAUUUGAUAGAGAUUGCUGGGGCACAAGAUCUGCACAUCUUGUUUAUGGUGGGGAAGAAGGAAACUGCCGAAUUAGUUGAACGCUACUUCCAAGGGAAAGGAUUUGCUCCCGUCCGACCCCGUGCUGAGAUGCAUGGACACGUCGAGCUCUCUUUGGUCAAUGGAUCGCUCAGCGUGGGCAUUCUGUCUACGGAACAUGAUGGUACUGUGGAAACCUAUCGGCCGCCGGCAGUCAUCAUUGCACUUGAUUCCUCAUUCAAUACGUCAAGCCCCGUGGUCGAGCAUCUCAGGACCACAUACACGCGUAACGGGAACUUGCUCCCUGUUGUGCACUUGAUGAUAGCCAAUUCUAGUGAGCACAUUCAGCGAUGUCUACCCGAUCUCCCGGAACCACAAAGAUUGAGGUUACUCGUACAUAUUGUGAAGAGUCUUGUGGAUGUCCUGGGCGACUUACAAGAUGAUGCUUUGGGCGUGCAGGAUGAUGCUGAAGAAAUUUUUACCUGUCUUAUGUCAGAAGACUUUAAUGUUAGUUGGAACCUUCCUCCGAUUGAACCACUUCACAUACUUGUAUCGAAUGAUCUGCAAACCCAAGAACCUCUCGGUGCGCAAGCUCCGGAUCCGAUGACAACUGGAUCGUCCGUGAAUAAACGUAUAUUUGAUACUUUGGAUGCCGUCGCUCCUGAUUCGAAGAGGCAGCGCCUUCAUUUAUCACAGGAUCUUACUCAAACAACGACGCAGUCCACUGCACCACCGAGUCAAACUUUGGAUUUGACCGCAAAGUUGCAGGCUCUCGAGGCUCGACUGGUUGAAAUGAAGACUGAUCAUGCUGCCGAAGUUGAUCGAUUGCAAGAGACGAUUACUGAUUACGAGACUCGCUCAAAAGAACGUAUCAAAGGAUGGGAGGAUCUACAACACCGAUAUGAAACUCGCAACAAGGAGUUGCAUCAACUACGAAGAGAGCGAGAUGGCUUGACCGUGGACAAAGCAAAGCUUGAACAGAAAGUCGUCAAACAACAGGAAGAGAUAACGAAGCUCAAAGAUGAACGGACCCAACUGAAACACGACUUGGAAUCAGCGAGGAAGGAUCUCAAAGCUGAAGGCGGCUUGAGCGGAGAACUUGAAACUUUACGACAGAAGAUUCGUGAACUUACCGACGACCAUACGAAACUCACAAAAACUCUCGAGUAUGAAAAGAAGCAAGCCGAAUAUGCGCGUGAACAAUAUCAAAAUGCAUCAUCCCGUGCCGCAGAACUAGCCAAUGAGAAACAAGCUCUACAGAGCCAGCAAAUGAUUCUUCAAAGUCAAGUUGACGCUGAGGCGGUCAAGUUGAAAGAACUUAAACUGCAAAACGGCGAAGCAAAACACCUAGCUCGAGUUAAGGAACUUGAGCAGACUCUAGAAUCCCGUGAGUCUCUUCUUCGGAAAAAGGAAGAAGAGCUUCGAACUAUUCGCAACAACCGUCCAGCUACACGAGCAACUAGUACACAACCCCGAAGUCCCAAGUCAUGGGGGAACGGCAGUCGACCGACCAGCCCUGGCAUCAACAACAAUGGACUAGGGAAUCGCGGCAGUGGACUUCGGUUUAGCUCUGAGAUGUCUUUCUGAAAGCCUACAUCACCAACUACGAUACUAUCCUUAAUUCCAUCCCUCAGUAUAUUAGAGAGAAAAAGUGUCUUCACCUUGAUUAGGUGUGAUGAGGAGCUUUUGUCAGACCUCCGAUCAUGAUGAUGUAACGACUAGAGAAUAUAUAAACUUUGCCUGUUGUCUAUUAUA